UGUUGUACCCAAAUUCCACUUAUUCCGUAUUCGCCCAGCCGUCACCGGAUUCCGGGUUGUUUAUACUUCGUCUUUAAUUAGUCAAUUUUCAUCUUAUAGAUUUAUACUUAAGAAUUUCGUAUACAUUUAUUAUAUUAUUUAAAAUUAACACGUCUACAGUAUACUGUUAUAGUUAAUUACUCUUACUUAAUUAUACUUGAUUUAUAUUAACUUAAUCGUACAUCAUGGGAUCCGACGAACCAGAACAAUAUAGAAAACUGUUUAUCGGUGGCCUAAACUACACUACAACGAAUGAUUCGCUUAAAGAGUUUUUUGAACAAUGGGGUGAAAUUGUUGAUGUAGUGGUAAUGAAGGAUCCUCAAACUAAAAGAUCUCGAGGCUUUGGUUUUAUCACUUACUCUCAAUCUUCAAUGGUUGAUCAGGCCAUGUCAAACAGGCCCCAUAAAAUUGAUGGCCGUGAAGUAGAAACCAAACGUGCAGUACCUCGUGACGAUAUAGACAAACCUGACAUUGCUGCUACUGUGAAAAAAAUGUUUGUAUCUGGAAUUAAGGAACAGUCCGAAAACGAUUUGCAUGAAUAUUUCGGUAAAUUUGGCAAUAUCACCAACGUCACAAUUGUCACUGACAAAGAUUCUGGCCAGAGGAAAGGCUUUGGAUUUAUUGAAUAUGAUGACACUGAUUCUGUGGACAAAGCAGUUUUGAUCAAAAGCCAUCAAGUUGCUGGAGGUAAAUUGGAUGUCAAAAAAGCCAUCAGUCGCAGCGAUAAUGCUGGUGGUGGACGUGGUGGUCGAGGUGGACGUGGAGGUAGAGGUGACGGUGGUAACAGAAACAACUGGGGAGGUGGCAAUCCACGUAAUGAUCAGUGGGGCGGACAUCAUAAUAGCCAAGGUCCUGUCAUGGGUAGAAUGAGACAGUUCAACUCUGUGAAGCCAAAUGGUGGUCCAUCAUUUAAUAGUUCAUCACGAUCAAAUGGCAGUGGAUAUGGAAAUUCUGGAAUGGGAGGAGGUUAUAACUCAGGAGGAGGAGGAGGAGGAGGAUAUGGCGGAAACACUGGAGGAUACAACUCAAAUGCUGGUGGUGCCUGGCAAGGAGGUGGUGGUGGUAGUGGUGGUGGUGCUCCUCAAGGUUGGGGCGGCAAUAAUAACCCAGCGUGGGGAGGAAAUCAAGGAGGUGGAGGAGACAACUGGGGAAGUUCUCAACCAAGCAACAAUUGGGGAGGUCCUAAUCAAAGUUAUGGCAACGGCGGCGGUGGCCCAAUGAGAUCUAAUUAUACAUCAAAUAAUCGUUCCACACCUUACGGAAACCCAGGUAGAGCUGGAAAUGUAAAUGCUGGGAAUGGUGGUGGUUAUGGCCAGAAUGCCGGAGGAAGACGGUAUUAAAAAAAAAAAAUAA